UUUCGACGUUUUAUCUGGGUGGCUAUAACGAGACCCGUCUCGGUUAGAGAUUAAAACUCGCCUAACAGCGAGGGGGUUCCGGCCUUUUCGCUCCGUUUCGGAUUGUUGAAUAAUAUCCCUAAUAUGUGAACGUGAAUAAUCCAUGUUACUUUUGAAGCAAAAAAUGACAUAAGAAUAGAUUUUAUGUCGAAAACCUGUUCGCCAAUAGACGAGAUAUGCACCUUUUGCAUAAAGAUGAAAUAAUCGUUUAAAUUAAAUAAUUUUCCUCGUCCCCAGUUCUUCUAACAGAAUUCAAAAUGGUGAACAAGAGAAACAGUGAUAAAAGCCAGACGCCACCAAGGAGAAUAAGAACGCAAGUAAGAGAGCAAGAAUUGAAAAACGCACCAACCGGCCAACGCGUAGCCACACGACAGCUAGUUCCACCUGAUGUGAGUUUUGCAGAAAACAUCUAUAUAACGGAAGCGCUAUUUUUUUGUCUGAAAUAUUAUGUCACCCCAGCAGUUCGCAGCUUUUUAUGCAGAAAACGUCUCGUUUCACGAACGGCGACCGAUUACGACUAUGCGGACAUGAUGCAGACAUUAAGGUACUAUAAAAACAUUGACAGAAAUUUUCUUCACGCUCCCAUCUGCAACAUGGAAAUCGGCAAAGCCAUCCGUGUCAGAAACGAAAUCUGCCACCUCAACCUAGAAGCAAUCAAACAAAAUUGGGCCAGUAAUCUAUCAACAUGGACAAUCCUUUGUCGAAGCGUCGGUGAUGCACAUGGUGCCAGUAAUGUGCAAACUGUUUACAAUCGCCUUAGGAGAGGUCAGUAUCAACACGCGAUCGACGAAAAACCAUUUCGUUUCACAGUUGGCGCUUACAAUGAAAACACGGCAUUUGGAUUAAGUUUAAUUCUUUACAGUUGUCUCGCUAGAUACGUUGGACCAUCUCUUCGCAAAUUUUUGAUCAGAGAUAAACAGCAAACUACAUCAACGAGCUUCGAUUUUUAUAAAAAUUUGAAGGAUACUAUCGAACAGCAAAAAAUUGAUCAAAAUUAUCUCGCAAAAGGUGCGUCCAAGCGAAUUGAUAUGGAGCUGCUAAGAGUUGCAAUGGAAGGUAGGAAUACAAUAUGCCACGGCAAAUAUUCUCUUGUUUUUAGCCAAUGGAAAACAUACCUUCAGUCGUGGGUAAGGCUAUUGAAAAUUAUUAAUAUGAAAACGGCAGCUGAGGAAAUGCAAGAAGUUCUCGACUUUCUAGCUGUUUCCAGGAGUAAUUUUCGACAGAUUCGACCUACAAGGAUAUUUUGUCCAAUGCAAUCAUCCUCUUCAGCGUAGCGACAAAAUUAUCAAUAACAUUCUCUUUGUACGGCUAUGUCAAUUUGG